GCCGAGCUUGUGUGCAUUGCCACUCUGUCUGUCCAUCUUUCCUCGCGCUCAAGAGGGACAACCGUCGAUUGGACGCGAUCACAGCUGGCCUUUUCGUCGCCGCCUCUUUCCUCCGAGCUUACGCCCUCGACACUGAAGCGCGGACCAACGCACACCAGUUGGGGAUACUAAAACACGCGUUUAACAGCCCACGUUGUCCGUCACGACACAAGUAACAGCAAUGGAGGCGCUACUUGACUUCAACCGCCCCUUCGAUGUCUCGCUGAUGGACAAGGUCGCGAUGGCGUUCUACACCGGGAGCGGUCGGGAUCGCCAAUCUGCGCAACUCGUCCUCACGCAGUUCGAGGAGAACCCCGAAUCGUGGACGCGUGUUCCCGAGAUCCUGGAGAGCGCGACGUUCCCGCAGUCCAAGUACAUCGGGCUGCAGAUCCUCGAGCGGCUGAUCACCACGCGGUGGAGGGCGUUGCCGGACGGCCAGCGACAGGGCAUCCGCAACUUCAUCGUUGGGGAGACGGUCAAAGUCGCAUCGGAUGAGAUGUCGCUCAGAAGGGAGCGGGCGUAUGUCGGGAAAUUGAACCUGGUGUUGGUGCAGGUCCUCAAACAAGAGUGGCCACAUAACUGGCCGAACUUCAUCUCCGAGCUGAUCCAAUCCUCGACCGCCAACCUGACAUUGUGCGAAAACAAUAUGGCGAUUCUGAAACUCCUCUCUGAAGAAAUCUUCGACUUCUCUGCGGAACAAAUGACGCAGACCAAGACCAAGAACCUGAAAACGCAAAUGUCCGGGGAAUUCUCGGAAAUCUUCAAGCUCUGUGUCGAGGUCUUGAAGGAGGCGAACAAGACAUCGCUGGUGAAAGCGACGCUCGAGACACUGCUCAGGUUCUUGAACUGGAUUCCAUUGGGGUACAUCUUCGAGACGCAGGUCAUUGACAUCUUGCUGAAUCGGUUCCUGGAACAGCCCGAAUUCCGGAAUGUCACGCUGAAGUGCUUGGCGGAGGUUGCCGCGCUCGAGGUCGGGCCCGAAUACGACCAGAAGUUCACGAUCCUGUUCGCGAUGGUGAUGGCCGCCAUCAACCGGAUGGUCCCACCGAGCACGGAUAUCCGCCAGGGCUACGCAGACGCGGACGACGAUGUCCAGGAGCUCAUCCUCAACAUCACCCUGUUCCUCACGAACUUCCUGACGGUGCAUCUGAAGACGCUGGAAGCCGCGGGCGACGCCAGCAAGGAAGCGCUGCUCAAUGCGCACAUGUAUCUCGUCAAGAUCUCGACGGUCGAGGAGCGGGAAGUGUUUAAGAUCUGUCUGGAGUAUUGGACCAAGCUGGUCUCUGAGCUGUAUGAGGAGGACCAGCGGGGUGGGGAGGCUGGGUUGUUGAUGGGGCUGAGUCUCGGUCCUAGGAGCGGAGGACGCAAGGAUAUGUACGCUGCCGUGCUCUCCAAUCUCAGGCUAGUCGUCACCGGCAGGAUGGCCAAACCCGAGGAAGUCCUUGUUGUCGAGACCGAAGAGGGCGAAAUCGUGCGCGAGUUCAUGAAGGAGUCUGAUACGAUCGUGUUGUACAAGUCCAUGCGUGUCGUCUUGGUUUACCUGACGCACCUGGACGUGUCGGACAUGGAGAGUAUCCUGAUGGACAAGCUCGCGAAGCAAAUGGAUGGCAGCGAGUGGAGCUGGGCGAAUCUGAACUCGCUCUGUUGGGCGAUUGGGUCCAUCUCGCAGACUAUGAGCGAAGAGCAGGAGAAACGAUUCCUUGUCACAACAAUCAAAGAGCUGCUUGCUCUGGUCGAGAUCAAGCGUGGCAAAGACAACAAGGCUGUCGUCGCGUCGGAUAUCAUGUACAUCGUGGGCCAGUAUCCUCGCUUCCUCAAGGCCCACUGGAAGUUCCUCAAAACUGUCGUCAACAAGCUGUUCGAGUUCAUGCACGAGAAACAUGAGGGUGUCCAGGAUAUGGCUUGCGACACGUUCAUCAAGAUUGCCCAGAAGUGUAAAAGACAUUUCGUCAUUCUGCAGUCAGGCGAGACCGAGCCGUUCGUCGAUGAAAUUCUGCGGAAUCUGUCGAGGAUCACCGUCGAUCUAAGUCCCCAGCAGGUCCACACAUUCUACGAAGCAGUCGGGCACGUCAUCUCGGCGCAGGCGAACAAGUCUUCGCAAGAGAGGUUGAUUGCCACUCUCAUGGAGCUGCCAAACAGCGCUUGGGAUUCGCUUAUGGCCCAAGCCGCGCAAAACAUGGAUGUCCUGGGCUCCUCUGAUAACGUGAAGGUGCUUUCGAAUAUCCUGAAGACGAACGUGUCAGCAUGCAGUGCGAUUGGUGCCGCAUACCUUCCACAGAUCGGCAGGGUGUUCAUGGAUAUGUUGGGGCUGUACAAGACUGUGAGCGCGUUGAUCAGUGAGACUGUCCAGAGAGACGGUGCGUCCCAUCGCAAGCAAGACGCCGAGGAUCAGGCAACUGCGCACGGUGAAGAAGGAUAUCCUGAAGCUGAUGGAGACAUACAUCAACGCCGCUGGCAGCGGGGAUUCCGAAAGUCUCGAGAUUGUCAACGCCAACUUCAUACCGCUGCUCUGGAUGCGAUUCUAGGUGACUACCAGCGAAAUGUGCCUGUAGCGAGGGAGGCAGAGGUGUUGUUCUUGAUGGCCGUGAUUGUCGAGAAGCUUGGUGUGGUGCUCUCUCACUGUCAAAUCCCGGCCACACUCGACGCGGUGUUCCAGCCGACACUGGAUAUGAUCACGAAGGACUUUACCGAGUUCCCUGACCACCGCAUGGGCUUGUACAAG